CCGAAAUUUAAAAUGUUUAAUUCAUUUUGCAGAAAUAUUCUCAUCAUAAUCACAGUGUAUCUGCAAAAUUAUUUCUGAUAUUUGUUUGAGUAUAUCGGCCCAAAGCUGUAGUAGGAUGUAUAAAAGGAUACUUUUAGUAAGUGCUUUGUUUUCACAAUGUUCCAGCGAAGUAAUGUCAAGAGAGGAACUCAUCGAAGAAUACGCGGAGAUAAGUGCUAUAAACUACACUCUUGCCAAUGCACAGCGCGAUGAUGUCAGCUUUCUAUACGCAAAUGGAUUAUCUGGACUUGUUGAAUUAACUCCAUCUAAUGCAUCUUAUGCGAUAAACUUGGCUCAUCCAGUUGUUUUCGUUACUCAUGGCUACCAACAAAAUAUAUCUCUCCCGUGGUUUAAUAUAAUUAGGGAUAAUUACCUUAAGAGAACAUCUGGAAAAGUUAAUAUUAUUUUUUUAAAUUGGUCUGAGGCUGCUUCGAAUUCAUUGGAUGUUUCUUUUGCGAAUGUUUAUCCCAUCGGAUACUAUAUCAGUGAAUUCGUUGUAGCUACUAAAAUUCGUAUAGAGACUAUUCACUUUAUAGGUUUCGACUUAGGAGCCCAUAUUGGCGGAUUCCUUGGAAAGAUAAUGUAUCUACACACAUCCAAAAAGAUAGGCCGAAUUACUGCUUUAGAUCCAACUGGCCCUAAGUUCGAUCGUGCAAACGUUCCUAUAAAUUCAAGACUUGACAAAUCUGAUGCCAACUAUGUUGAAGUGACUGUAGUCAUUUGAGGUGUCCAUACGUUUACGCAGAGUCACUAGACAUCAAUAUAUUGGUUAAAAAAGGCACGUUUGUAAGUGAUGGCGUUUUGAUUUAUGUACGUCCAAAUAUUUUCAGUAUACCAACUUUCUAUGGAGGUUCUGCAUGGGCUAUUCCAAGGUUUCAAAAUGGAAUUUACUUUGUCAAAACGUCGC